GACACCUGGACUAGAAUACCUAGCGUUCUUUUUAUUGGCCGUGCGUGAAUCCGUAGCGGAAUGUAAAUUUAAAAGUGUUUUAAAACAAAAAAUGCCCUGACGGUUAUUUAAAUAUCCAUUCCUAUUGACAAAUUGCAAUAAAUGUCCUCACUUCCCUUUAACUUUUGGUCGGAACUGUUUAAAUUCUUCACGAUAAAAUGACUUGAGGUUGUAUCAUCGAGUCCGCAUCAAGGAAUAGCAGUGCAUCAACAGGUUAAAAAUGGCGAAGAAUGAUGAAGAGGGAGUUUCGAAACAUGCCAAACUGCUGUCCGAGUUCAAAGCGGAGGAGUCUGUCUCUGAGAUCGUCCCCGUCAACCCGUUUGAAUCGUGGGUAGCACCGGUCGCCGCCCAGAAGGUUACUCUGUAUAACGACAGCGGCGAAUGGGUCAGGGAAAUCACAGUUGAUUUCAAAAUCCAGUGUUUCGGAGUGUUCGAUAGGAAAAACUUCAUUCUGAGUGAUUAUAGCGCGAAAUGUAUCUAUAAAUUGUCCUGCGAAGGAGAACUAACAAAACUUAUCAGUACUUCUCCGUUUAGUCCUAACGGUAUUCGAGUAUUUCCAAAUGAUCUUGGGUUUGUUGUAUGCAUGGUUGGAACAAGUGGCGGAAAAAUCGUUCGCUAUACUCAUGAUGGGAAAUCGCGAACAAAGACUUACCAGAAGGAUGAACGCGGACAUCCACUCUUCAAAUUCCCAAGGAGAGUCGUAAAUAAUAUGAACGAGGACCUCAUUGUGGUAGACAUUAUGUUCAAGUCUGUUAUAUGUGUCGACAAAGAUGGGAAUUUGCGCUGGGUUUACAAAGGAUCUUUAGAAAGUCGGAAAAAUGGGAUUGAAUUCGAUCCUUGGGACCUGGACACCAAUUCAAAAGAAGAAAUUAUCAUAUCGAAUACUAAGCCUAACACUGUUGAUGUACUGUCUAGGGAUGGGUCUUUCUUGAUGUACCUUGUGACAAAACUAGACGGUAUAUCUCGUCCUCUUGGAAUCUGUGUAGAUAGCGAGGGUAAGCUAUGGGUGGGACAGGCCUCGGGAAAAGUCUGCAUCUUCAAUUAUCUAAACGAGGGAUAACAUCCAAUUGAUUGGCUGCAAUACAACAUUUUAUUGAGUUAUCCGUCAAAAUAAGUGUUUUGUGCUAAAUUAUUUUUGAGCCACGGAUGAACUAAUGCCGUGGGACCUGUAACCGUUUACAUUAUUAAGGGAUUAUUUCCAACGACGUUGGAAAAUGUGUCAUGGACGUCAAAGUGUUUAGGAGUGUUCGACGAAAAACCUAUUUUUAGUUACAACAUUGUUGGCAUUGUACAUUAGAUUUAUUUUACAAAGGAAUUUUUUUGUCAUCGAGAUGGAGCCUAGAUUACUUUUAUACGUUCUUUUUUUUAAAAUGUGAUUUUAUGGUCGUCCGCUCGGAAUUUUGACCUUAGUUCACAAUUUGAUGGCUUUUAGGCCGACAUUUCUGUGUUUAUGGACUUAUUCUAAGCUAAUCGAGAGAUAUCGAAAUGAAUUGCAGGGACAUUUAAUUUAUGACCGUUCUUCUUUGUAAAAACCAAAUAAAAAUGACUCUUUAAAUUCGGCAAUUGA